AUGACUCAAAAAGCAUACGACCGUGCGGAAACGGUCGAACUGCUUGCAAUUCCACGAGAUGAAGAACCACUGGGGACAAACUCGUCUAGCGAAGACGGAAAAGAACUCAGCGACCGGACGAAACUUCAAUCAACGCGAAAGCACCACAAGAAACGCAAAACAGAAAACUGGAAACGGUCGCUAUAUCUAGGCGCACUAUCGAGCGUUAUAGUACUUCUAUUUAAUGUUUCUUUUGUUGCCUGGGCCGUGUCGCAUCAUGAUCUCAAAGACGAUCGCGGGGUUCUCUACACCGGCGAUUGUACCAAGACCAAGAGAAUGAGUACUGGGAUUCACUUGGUCAUCAACAUUCUAAGCACUGCUCUGCUCUGCGCCAGUUCCUAUACUAUGCAAUGCCUCUGCGCCCCUACACGAACGGAGAUUGACCGCGCACAUAAAAUUAAUAAAUGGCUGGACAUUGGUGUGCCUAGUAUGCGAAAUCUGUUUCGGAUCUCGAAGAUAAAACUCAUUCUAUGGCUGAUUCUAGCGCUAUCGUCCCUUCCGCUUCACCUGUUUUACAACUCGACGAUCUUCUCGACAAUUACAAACCUCCAGUACGAAAUCUUUGCAGGAAACAAGCCGUUCUCCGAUUUCCACGCAACGGACGUCCGACCACCUAAAGAUGUUAUAGAAAUGAGUAACACCAGGUAUAUGAACCCCUACUUCUCAUUCUCAAGAAUGCUUGAGGAAGGACUCCACCAUGAGCUCUACCGCCUGGAAAAUACCGACUGCAUGUCCGCCUACGCCACGAACUUCCAAUCUACAUACGGCAGCGUACUUUUACUCACCGACGACUUUCACCCGAACGACACCGACUUCGACUUUCUGUCGUUCCAGGGACCCUCUACCACCGAUAAGGGAGAUAAUCCAUACGCCUGGAUGUGUUGCGAUCACACCGUGUAUUCCUGCGAGAUGCAGACUUUAUGCCGCGACCAACUUCCGGAGAUCCGUGCCCAUGCCGACAAUUGGAUAGUGGGUGGCUACCGCGUGAAAUAUUGCCUAGCAGAGAAAGUUCCGGGGAAAUGCAAGCUGGAGUACAGUCUUCCUCUGGCUAUUAUUGUCAUCGUUUUCAACAUUCUCAAAGCAAUCGUCAUUUCUGCUGUGGCUCUCACCAUGACCGACCUGCCCAUUCUCACAACCGGCGACGCGGUGGCUUCAUUUCUCAAGACCCCUGAGACAAGCGAUAGAGUCCAUUGUCUCAUGUCCAAAACCCUAGCCAAGAAUCCAACCUCCAGACCCCUCCCAUACAAAGCAAAACCCCAAAGAUGGGCCACCGCAGUUUCCGUACUCCGAUGGACGGUCUGCAUAACAUGCUACACUAUCGCCAUCGCAAUCUGCAUCGGCCUCCUCUGUUUCGGGCUCAGCCAAAUCAGCAACAAAGGCAAGAUCUGGUCCGGUCUCGGCAUCACAAACACAGAAACCCUCAUCAGCGGAAACACCUGGCCCCCGUCCCUAAUCACUAACACCAUCAUCGCCAACACCCCCCAAGUCAUCUUCUCCAUCCUCUACUUCGCCUCCAACAGCGUCCUCACAGCUAUGACCCUCGCUGCAGAAUGGAGCAACUACGCCCUUCACCGAAAGGGUCUCCGCGUCUCCUCCACUCCGCACGGCUCCCAACGCACCACCUACUUCCUCUCUCUACCCUAUACCUACGCCAUCCCGCUGCUGGUCUUCUCAACCGUGCUUCACUGGCUCAUAUCCCAGAGUCUAUUCCUCGUCAACGUGGAGUCGUAUAAUAUGCAACUAGAACGCUUCGGGUUGUUCGAUUUCGCCACGUGUGGAUAUUCCCCCGUGGCUAUUGUCAGUGCCAUCGCUGUUGGGGGGUUCAUGCUGUUCUGUCUUGUUGGGUUGGGGUUGCGGCCGUUUGCGUCCGGCAUGCCCGUCGCGGGGAGUUGUAGUCGGGCUAUUGCUGCUGCGUGCUAUCGUGGGUUUUCCGCGGUAGAGGGGGAUGACGUGGAGACUAUGCCUCUGCAAUGGGGGGUUGUGUAUGAGGGGACGGGGGAUGGGGUGGGGGUUGGAUGUUGUGCUUUCUCUGGUGGAGAGGUUGGGAUGCCGACAGAUGGGGUACUUUAUCGGUAA